CGGGUGUGAGGCGGCCCGGCCUGGCCUGGCGGGCUCCCUCCGCCGGGCAGCCGCCCAGGAGCAGCCGCCGGGCCCGCUCGCGGGCCGCCUCAGCCGCCUCAGCCGCCUCAGCCGCCGCCGCCGCUGCCGCCGCCGCCGCCUGCUCCCGCCGGCCGGGCCUCCGCCCCCAGCGCCGGAGCCAUGGCGGGCGCCGCUUCCCCGUGCGCCAACGGCUGCGGGCCCGGCGCGCCCUCGGACGCCGAGGUGCUGCACCUCUGCCGCAGCCUCGAGGUGGGCACCGUCAUGACUUUGUUCUACUCCAAGAAGUCGCAGCGGCCGGAGCGGAAGACCUUCCAGGUCAAGCUGGAGACGCGGCAGAUCACGUGGAGCCGUGGCGCCGACAAGAUCGAGGGGGCCAUUGACAUUCGAGAAAUCAAGGAGAUCCGCCCAGGGAAGACCUCACGGGAUUUUGAUCGCUACCAAGAGGACCCUGCUUUCCGACCAGACCAGUCACACUGCUUCGUCAUCCUGUAUGGGAUGGAAUUCCGCCUGAAGACUCUGAGCCUGCAAGCUACAUCUGAGGAUGAAGUGAACAUGUGGAUCAAGGGUUUAACUUGGCUGAUGGAGGAUACAUUGCAGGCAGCCACACCUCUGCAGAUUGAGAGGUGGCUGCGGAAGCAGUUCUACUCAGUGGAUCGGAAUCGUGAGGAUCGUAUAUCAGCCAAGGACUUGAAGAACAUGCUGUCCCAGGUCAACUACCGGGUUCCCAACAUGCGCUUCCUCCGAGAGCGUCUGACGGACCUGGAGCAGCGCAGCAGUGACAUCACCUACGGGCAGUUUGCUCAACUGUACCGCAGCCUCAUGUACAGCGCCCAGAAGACGAUGGACCUCCCCUUCUUGGAAGCCAGUGCCCUGAGGGCAGGGGAGCGCCCGGAGCUCUGUCGUGUGUCCCUUCCUGAGUUCCAGCAGUUCCUCCUCGAGUACCAGGGGGAGCUGUGGGCUGUUGACCGGCUUCAGGUGCAGGAGUUCAUGCUCAGCUUCCUUCGAGAUCCUUUGCGAGAAAUUGAAGAGCCUUACUUCUUCCUGGACGAGUUUGUCACCUUCUUGUUCUCCAAAGAGAACAGCGUGUGGAAUUCACAGCUGGAUGCGGUGUGCCCAGACACCAUGAACAACCCUCUGUCCCACUACUGGAUCUCCUCCUCCCAUAACACGUACCUGACUGGGGACCAGUUCUCCAGCGAGUCCUCCCUGGAAGCCUAUGCUCGCUGCCUGCGGAUGGGCUGUCGCUGCAUUGAGUUGGACUGCUGGGAUGGCCCAGAUGGGAUGCCAGUCAUUUACCAUGGGCACACCCUUACCACCAAGAUCAAGUUCUCAGAUGUUCUACAUACCAUCAAGGAGCAUGCCUUCGUGGCUUCAGAGUAUCCGGUCAUCCUGUCCAUCGAAGACCACUGCAGCAUCGCCCAGCAGAGAAACAUGGCGCAGUACUUCAAGAAGGUGCUUGGGGACACACUCCUCACCAAGCCUGUGGACAUCGCCGCCGACGGGCUCCCUUCACCCAACCAGCUCAAGAGGAAGAUCCUCAUCAAGCACAAGAAGCUGGCAGAGGGCAGUGCCUACGAAGAGGUGCCUACGUCAGUGAUGUACUCCGAGAACGAUAUCAGCAACUCCAUCAAGAAUGGCAUCCUCUACCUGGAGGACCCAGUGAACCAUGAGUGGUACCCCCACUACUUCGUUCUGACCAGCAGCAAGAUCUACUACUCUGAGGAGACCAGCAGUGACCAGGGCAAUGAGGAUGAGGAGGAACCCAAGGAGGCCAGUGGCAGCACAGAGCUGCACUCCAGUGAGAAGUGGUUCCACGGGAAGCUUGGGGCAGGACGGGAUGGACGGCACAUUGCCGAGCGCCUGCUCACCGAGUAUUGCAUUGAGACCGGGGCCCCUGAUGGCUCCUUCCUCGUGCGGGAGAGCGAGACCUUCGUGGGCGACUAUACCCUCUCUUUCUGGAGGAACGGGAAAGUCCAGCACUGUCGGAUUCAUUCCCGGCAGGAUGCUGGGGCCCCCAAGUUCUUCUUGACAGACAACCUGGUCUUUGAUUCGCUCUAUGACCUCAUCACGCACUACCAGCAAGUGCCCCUGCGCUGCAACGAAUUUGAGAUGCGCCUUUCAGAGCCGGUCCCGCAGACCAAUGCCCACGAGAGCAAAGAGUGGUACCACGCCAGCCUGACCAGAGCUCAGGCCGAGCACAUGCUGAUGCGUGUUCCCCGGGAUGGGGCCUUCCUGGUGAGGAAACGGAAUGAGCCCAACUCCUAUGCCAUCUCUUUCCGGGCCGAGGGCAAGAUCAAACAUUGCCGCGUCCAGCAGGAGGGCCAGACUGUGAUGCUGGGCAACUCUGAGUUUGACAGCCUCGUGGACCUCAUCAGCUACUAUGAGAAGCACCCGCUAUACCGCAAAAUGAAGCUGCGCUAUCCCAUCAAUGAGGAAGCGCUGGAGAAGAUAGGCACAGCUGAGCCUGACUAUGGAGCCCUGUAUGAGGGACGCAACCCUGGCUUCUAUGUGGAGGCAAAUCCUAUGCCAACUUUUAAGUGUGCCGUCAAAGCCCUCUUUGACUACAAGGCUCAGAGGGAUGAUGAACUGACAUUCACGAAGAGCGCCAUCAUCCAGAAUGUGGAGAAGCAAGAAGGCGGCUGGUGGCGGGGGGACUACGGGGGGAAAAAGCAGCUCUGGUUCCCGUCAAACUACGUAGAAGAGAUGGUCAGCCCUGCAGCCCUGGAGCCUGAGAGGGAGCACUUGGAUGAGAACAGCCCCCUGGGGGACUUGCUCCGUGGGGUCUUGGAUGUGCCAGCCUGUCAGAUUGCCAUCCGUCCUGAGGGCAAGAACAACCGGCUCUUCGUCUUCUCCAUCAGCAUGGCUUCAGUGGCACACUGGUCCUUGGAUGUCGCUGCUGAUUCACAGGAAGAGCUGCAGGACUGGGUGAAGAAGAUCCGAGAAGUGGCCCAGACGGCAGACGCCAGGCUCACGGAGGGGAAGAUGAUGGAGCGCAGGAAGAAGAUCGCCCUGGAGCUCUCCGAGCUGGUUGUCUACUGCAGGCCGGUUCCCUUCGAUGAAGACAAGAUUGGCACAGAACGUGCCUGCUACCGGGACAUGUCAUCCUUUCCGGAAACCAAGGCUGAGAAAUAUGUGAACAAGGCCAAAGGCAAGAAGUUCCUCCAAUACAACCGGCUGCAGCUCUCGCGCAUCUACCCCAAGGGCCAGCGGCUGGACUCCUCCAAUUAUGACCCCCUGCCCAUGUGGAUCUGUGGCAGUCAGCUCGUAGCCCUCAACUUCCAGACCCCAGACAAGCCCAUGCAGAUGAACCAGGCCCUCUUCAUGGCCGGCGGCCACUGUGGCUACGUGCUGCAGCCGAGCACCAUGCGGGACGAGGCCUUUGAUCCCUUUGACAAGAGCAGCCUCCGAGGCCUGGAACCAUAUGCCAUUUGCAUUGAGGUGCUGGGGGCUCGGCACCUGCCAAAGAACGGCCGAGGCAUCGUGUGUCCUUUCGUGGAGAUUGAAGUGGCCGGAGCAGAGUACGACAGCAUCAAGCAGAAGACAGAGUUCGUGGUGGACAAUGGACUGAACCCUGUGUGGCCUGCCAAGCCCUUCCACUUCCAGAUCAGUAACCCGGAAUUCGCCUUUUUGCGCUUUGUGGUGUAUGAGGAAGACAUGUUUAGUGACCAGAACUUCCUGGCUCAGGCUACAUUCCCGGUGAAAGGCCUGAAGACAGGAUACAGAGCUGUGCCUUUGAAGAACAACUACAGUGAGGACCUAGAGCUGGCCUCCCUGCUUGUCAAGAUCGAUGUGUUCCCUGCCAAGCAGGAGAAUGGGGACCUCAGUCCUUUUGGGAUGUCUCUUCGGGAGCGGGGCUCUGAUGCCUCAGGCCAGCUGUUCCAUGGCCGGGCCCGUGAAGGUUCCUUUGAGGCCCGCUACCAGCAGCCAUUUGAGGACUUUCGUAUCUCCCAGGAGCACUUGGCAGACCAUUUUGACAGUCGGGAACGGAGGGCCCCACGGAGGACACGGGUCAACGGAGACAACCGCCUCUAGUUGUGCGCCAGCCUCGUUGAGAGCAGCAGGUGCCGCGUGCCUCCUGGAGUGCCAUGAGCUGGGUUCUUGGGAAGUGGCCUGUCGUGGCAGCCUUCCUGGCCCUGAGGCCUGGAACCUGGAUUCCAGCAGUGACUGCUAGACAAAGCCAAGCCAUGAAUGAGAUAUAUCACUGUUUGGGGCCUCCCUGCCGCAGCUCUGGGUGAAGGCAAAAACUGUACUGUGUCUCAAAUUAAUUAAGCACACAUAUCUGGUCCUGACUUCUGGAGAUGGAGCCUUCCAUCCGUGGGGCCGGGACCAUGGCUGCAGCCCCUUGAAGAGAGAGGCUGCCUCAGCCCGCAGCUCGGGAGGCUCUGAGGAAUGGCUGACCUUUCUAAGAGAGGAGCCGCAGCCGCCUCACUUGGCCAGGGAAACAAACCCAAGUUUACAUUGUCCUGUAGCUUUAAAUCUCCAGCCGGGCAGGGGUGGGGGCAUAUACCCCCCGCAGUUUGGCCCCCCCGGAGCUGGGGCAGAGGAGCACAGGACCUGCCUGCAGAGGGGCCCCGCCUGCUCGAGGAAGACGACACAGCACAAGGGCGCGCUGCCCGUGGCCGGGGACUGCCCAGCCUGCAAGAUACAGGGGAUCAUGUUAGAAAUAGCAGCAGUGGGCAGCCCAGGCUGCCACUCGGGCCACUGGGUGAGGGGCCUGAGGAGCCGAGCCCCAGGGAGCUGCCUGGAGGAGGGACAGCAGCACCUCAGGAUCAUGGGAGGAGGAGGAGCAGGACCUGGACGCCCCGUACUGCCAUGGGCUAUACCACCUGCCUGCUGCCCGAAGCCAGGGGCUGGCCCCAAGGUUGAUGCUCUGGAUGCGAACCUGGAGUCCAGAACUGCUCACCAGGAUGCCAGAGUUUGGGGAUGUGCUGGCCCAGCUGCACGGCAAGUCCUGCCACACAGCAAGGGAGCCGCCCGAAGGCAGAAGGUCUAAGAGCGCCAUCGACAGCCUGGAGGCCUUUGUCGGAGACGGUGCCGGUGGGGCCAGGAUGGCCGGGAUGGAGCAGGUCACGGGCCACAGCAAGGAUGUUCCCCAGUGCAUUCAGGAAGCCCCUGCACACACAGACAUGCCUCCUUCCAGGCGCCCUCCAGCAGGCCGGCUAGGGGACCCCCACCCCUACUCCACCCCACCCCCGUCCCAGUUCAGACUGAAGACCACUCUCCCUGUUGCAGCAGAAGACCUGGGAUCGAAGUCUGCAGACAGCACUGCAGGAGGAUGCGGAGAUGAUCCUGAGUGUUCGUUAAACCAGUUGAAAGUCCUGUUACUGGGCAUCUGUGAUGUUGGAGAUGGAAUUUUAAAGGUUAUUUUUUUUGCACACCCCAUUUCUCACUAUCUUCAUUAUUUCAUGUAGGUGUAUGAUUUUCUAGGUCUUCCACUUCUAACCAGAAAGCUGCUUGGUUGGGGUGGGGAGCAAAAAUGAAUGAACUUGUCUGUGCACUGUGGCAGAACUGUUAUUUUUAUGGAUUUUACAGCUCAACUAACAGUGUUACUUUUCAAGAUUUAUAUAUUUAUAUACUCUUAAGAAAAACCA